AGAGCCCGGUCACACGCCCGCCCGCCCGCUCGAGUCCUGAGCGGACCCUGCCCGCGUCCGCCCCGGGCCCGCGCUGCCCCGCGCGCCGCCAUGGAGCGCAUCGAAGGGGCGGCCGUGGGCCGCUGCGCAGCCUCGCCCUACCUGCUGCCGCUCACGCUGCACUACCGCCAGAAUGGUACCCAGAAGUCGUGGGACUUCAUGAAGACCCAUGACAGUGUGACCAUUCUCAUGUUCAACUCUUCUCGAAGGAGCCUGGUGUUGGUGAAGCAGUUCCGGCCAGCUGUGUACGCUGGCGAGGUGGAGCGCCUCUUCCCGGGGUCCCUGGCCGCCGUGGACCAGGACAGGCCCCGGGAGCUGCAGCCGGCACUGCCUGGCUCGGCAGGGGUGACAUACGAGCUGUGCGCCGGCCUCGUGGACCAGCCCGGGCUCUCGCUGGAGGAGGUGGCCUGCAAGGAAGUGUGGGAGGAGUGCGGCUACCACCUGGCCCCCUCCGGCCUGCGCCGGGUCGCCACGUACAAGUCCGGUGUGGGACUGACCAGCUCCAGCCAGACCAUGUUCUACGCAGAGGUGACAGAUGCCCAGCAGGGUGGCCCAGGUGGGGGCCUGGCGGAGGAGGGCGAGCUCAUUGAGGUUGUGCACCUGCCCCUGGAUGGCGCCCAGGCCUUCGCAGAUGACCCGGAUGUUCCCAAGACCCUCGGCGUCAUCUUUGGUAUCUCGUGGUUCCUUAGCCACGUGGCCCCUGGCCUGGGUCCCCAGUGAAACUCCAGGCGGUCUGGACGAGCCCAGUUCUGCACACCUGCUCCGCAAACCUAAUAAAGGCUGGUGUAGCUC